AACGCAGCAUUUACGACUGGCUGCGCGAGGCAGGGCAAGGACACAGGGCUAGAAUGACAUUUGUGUAAGUGCGCUAAAAGAGGCUUCCUAGCUUCGCAGUUUGUGCCAACCUGAUUGCUGCUGCUGUGCAAAACCUCACAGAGCGAACCACACCAUCCAGACGGAUUUAAUCGGGUGCUCGUUUGUGAAAGGUUUCCCAUGAUAGAGGAACUUCUGCAAUAGUCGGGAAUCUUCCAGAGUCAUAAAGUUCCAACUAGCCGUGGUCUCCGUGCUGUUAUGGUGGUCAGCUGGUGACUGGGGCUGCCUGGACCCCUGUGGUGAAUGGCUGUGAGCAGGGGAGGCGUGGCCUUCUGGGUGGGUUGUGUCUGCAGCUACGGCAGACGGCAGCCUUUUCAAAAGCUGAGCUGGAGACUGAGUAAGGUGGUCGACUGGCCAUGGAUCUGUCAGACGCAUCCCCUGAGCAGUGCCACGUGGGCUCUGGCGCCCCCCAACAGCCUGAGAUAUCAGACCAUUAAGCAGCCGGUGCUGUCCUACCCGCUGCACCAUUCCAGCCAGCCUCAGAGACAGGAUGACUAUGAGGAGGACUGUGGGGAAUCUAUCAGCGUGUACGUGCUGAUGCGACAGGGCGAGUCCAAAGGCCUCCACACCCUGCUGGAGAUCCCCCUGUUUGGCCCCAACAAACCGGGAGAGCUCCACAAGUCUUCUGCGUUCUCCUUUCCGCUGACGGUGGUGGACGGCAGCAGGGAGGACGACAUCAGCGUCAACAGCUUCAAGAGAAACGGCACCACAGCUGCAGAUGGAGAGCACGGCUGCUUCAGAAGCCUGUUCGAGGCGGAGGGUUGUCCUGCACCGUUCAUGUACGGCUCUAGGUUUUACUGUUUUCAUUGCCCGGGCAUGCACCUGACGCCUGGAAGUGCUCUGACAUACAGCCAGGAUGGUGGACUUGACAGAAAGCUGGUGGAGAUGCCUCCUGUUGCUCUGUGUAGCCAAGCAGGCAGCGCAGAGAGGAAGCACGCCGAAGGAGACCGCGAAGGAGAGGAGAAGCUGGCUAUGAUGUAUGAAAGACUGAGGAUAGAGCUUCCAAAUUUCUUUAUGACAAACCACGACUACACGAUGUACUCUAAUGAUGUGGAGUUCAUCAACGGCCUCAUAAAUGUCAAGAUCAGAGGCCGUCUGAUGUACCAGGUCACCCUUUCCCUGUGGCGUUUCCUCUGUCUGUGUUACUAUGUGGAGGCUCGACUAGAUGUGCUGAAGGUCACCAAGCACAUGGAGGAUGGAACCAUUAAGGCCCGCUGGAGGAUCAAAGGUCUCCCCCUGCACUCUCUGAUGCUGCGCUUCUAUCGCAAAGACAAAUCUCAACUGUACAGGUCGUAUGAUGCAUUCUCUACUUUUUACAUAGGACAGGAUGGACUCAUUCAUUGUCACAAAGUUGAAAAGGUGAUGCCGGCCCAGCCUCCUGUCCUGCCCAGAGUCACUUCCUUCCUGACCGGCGCUCUGGUGGCGCUGGGGGUGCAGGAGCAUCGACCUGCCCUCAACCUGCUGCCUCUCCUUCUGUCUUCGCUGCGACAGAGCAGCCGCUGACUCCGGGAUGACCAUUAGAGGAAAACGGCCAGUGGACUGAACAGUGUGUCCGUGUGACCCUGAAACGUUUCCCGUGCUCAUAGAAACGCAUUAAAAUGGAAGCUCCCUGUUCUAAUCUCUCAUGUUGCUGCCCCUGAAUUAAACACACAGUAAAAACCUUC